GCCGGCCCCGAAAUGUUUGUAAUUGGAAGGUGUCAUAGGCCCUCCAAAACGAGGACUGCGUCCACCACUCUCUCUCUCUCGCAGCACCGUUUUUAUAAACACAAGUUUUAGAGAGAGAGUGGAGAAACUAAAAUCGAAGGAGCUCGAGAUAUCAGUUUCUUUCGAUUUGUGAACCAAGGAACGCAAAAGGGUCGUCUCGAUUUUUCAAAUUUGAGCCUUCAUUUUCUUUAAUCCGACUUAGAUUUUGUGGGUUCUUUAUGGAAUGGUCGUCUUCUUCAACUUAGAUCUCGGAAUUUACCAAUUCUUUAGAGCUGAGGGGUUUUCAGAUCUUCGAUUCGACGGUCGGAUUCCGAUCAGUCAGCUCAGUAACUCAGGUUCUUUAUCAUCACUGAAAUUGAAAAUUUGAUUGGAGGUUUUCUGAGCCCAAGUCAUCACUAGAAAGUAUUGGUCAUUGCCUUAUGGUGAACACAAUCGACACCGUUUAUAUGUGAAGUAGUGAUGCAUUUGCUCUAGAUGAAGACAGGUCAAAAGUGGCAAUUAGAAAUGGGCGAUAUGAAAAUUCUGCCCGGUCCUCGAUCUCGUACCACGAAGAGACCGUUAUGGAUUAUUAUCUUGGUUUCUAUGGUUAGUGUGUUCCUAAUAUGUGCCUAUAUCUAUCCACCCAAUGGCACAGGUGCCUGUUACAUAUUUUCUUCUAAGGGCUGCAAGGUUAUUACUGACUGGCUCCCACCUGCACCUGCAAGGGAAUGUACUGAUGCUGAGAUCGCAUCACGUAUUGUUAUUAGAGAAAUCUUGAACAUGCCAUUCGUCGCGUUAAAAACUCCUAAAAUUGCAUUCAUGUUCAUGACUCCUGGUUCCCUGCCUUUUGAGAAGCUAUGGGAUAAGUUUUUCCAUGGCCAUGAAGGGAAAUUCUCUGUUUAUGUCCAUGCAUCUAAGGAAAAGCCGGUGCACGUUAGCCGUUACUUCGCUGGUCGUGAAACUCAUAGCAAUGAGGUCGUUUGGGGUAAAAUCUCCAUGGUUGAUGCAGAGAGACGAUUGUUAGCAAAUGCUCUCCAUGAUCCUGAUAAUCAGCACUUCAUUUUACUUUCUGACAGUUGUGUACCGUUGCAUAAUUUUGAUUAUAUCUACCAGUAUUUGAUUAAUACAAAUGUCAGCUAUGUAGAUUGCUUUAACGAUCCUGGUCCGCACGGAAACGGGAGGUAUUCGGAGCACAUGUUACCCGAAAUUGAGAUGAAAGACUUCAGAAAGGGUGCUCAGUGGUUCUCGAUGAAGCGACAACACGCUUUGAUUGUCGUGGCUGACAAUCUUUACUAUUCAAAAUUUCGAGAUUAUUGCAAGCCAGGUCUGGAGGGGCACAAUUGCAUUGCAGAUGAGCAUUACUUGCCCACCUUUUUCCAUAUGACAGAUCCUGGAGGCAUUGCAAACUGGUCAAUUACUCACGUUGAUUGGUCUGAAAGAAAGUGGCAUCCAAAGUCGUACGGGGCUCAAGAUGUUACCUACGAACUUCUACAAAAUAUCACGUCAAUCGAUGUCAGCGUGCACGUUACGAGCGACGAGAGGAAGGAAGUGCAAAGAUGGCCAUGCUUAUGGAACGGUGUACACAGGCCAUGUUACUUGUUUGCAAGGAAGUUCUAUCCAGAGGCUCUAAAUAACCUUCUGAAUCUCUUCUCCAACUACACAUCAAUUUCAGACUAAAAGUUUUGACCUGAUAUUCUUUGAUCGUAUCAGUCGUUGCUCGGAACACCGCACCCAUCUCUGCUCUUACGACGAAAGCUUAGAAGUCGAAAAACGCCACAUCUUGAAUAGUAAAACAGAGCAGACAUUGUUUGAUGACAGUGAAGAUAUAGGCUAACUGGGUGGAGUUUGGUUCCUUUAAGGUUAGUGAAUUGAUGUGAUUUUGUUUCUUAUUUAAUCCAUUUUGGGGGAUUUUGUGGGUCACCACUGUGUACAAUAUGACAGUAUUAUAGUAGAAAAUAGGCAUUAUUAUUAUAGAGUGUAGCACCAACUUGAAUCUCA